AUGUCCAUUGACAAAUGCCACAUCAGUGCUCAGUCUGGCAUGAUUGUGAUAUCCUCUGGAAAAAAGUAUCUAAAGGAAUUUAGGACAGAGCAGUGCCCCCUAUUUUUGCAGCACAAGUGUAUCCAGCACAGACCAUUUACCUGUUUUCAUUGGCAUUUCCUAAAUCAGCGUCGUCGUAGACCUAUACGAAGGCGUGAUGGGACUUUUAACUACAGUCCAGAUGUUUAUUGUACAAAAUAUGAUGAGACUACAGGAAUCUGCCCAGAUGGAGAUGAUUGCCCUUACUUGCAUCGAACAACAGGGGAUACAGAAAGGAAGUAUCAUCUCAGAUAUUACAAGACUGGAACGUGCAUUCAUGAAACAGAUGCCCGGGGUCACUGUGUGAAGAAUGGAAUUCACUGUGCCUUUGCUCAUGGUCCACAUGACCUUAGACCACCAGUAUAUGAUAUAAGAGAACUUCAGGCACAGAAAACCUUACAGAAUGGGCAGCUAGCAUGCGGUGAAGGCAUUCCAGAUCUGCAACCAGGAAUUUUAGCAAGCCAGGCAAUGAUUGAGAAGAUCCUUAGUGAAGAUCCAAGAUGGCAGGAUGCAAAUUUUGUAUUAGUUGGCUACAAGACAGAACAAUGUACCAAGCCACCCAGACUCUGCCGCCAGGGUUAUGCAUGUCCGCACUAUCACAGUAGCCGAGAUAGAAGACGAAAUCCCAGAAAAUUCAAAUACAGAUCCACUCCUUGCCCCAGUGUAAAACGUGCAGACGAAUGGGGUGAACCUUCAAGGUGUGAAAGUGGCGAUAGCUGUCAAUAUUGUCAUUCUCGUACAGAGCAGCAGUUUCACCCUGAGAUAUAUAAAUCUACAAAGUGCAAUGACAUGCGCCAAACAGGUUACUGCCCACGUGGUCCAUUUUGUGCCUUCGCACAUGUUGAAA